CACAUUUAUGUAAGCGAGCAUUGCCGAUUUGUGACGUUUCUUGCUGGAAUUAUUUCUCAAUGUUGGCCAUACACCAAUGAUACAGUAUUACCAAGACUAAAAAAAAUCCCUAAAGAGGAUACUCCAUAACCGUAUACCGUAUUGUAUGUAUAUUAUUAAGUGUAAAUUGUAUUUUCGAUCCGAGAGUUAAUAAGUGUGGUUUGUGGUUCUUCAUCUAGUUGGGAAUCUUAAUAAUUGUUAAUAUUCAUUUUCCUUUGAUGCUUCAUAAUGGCAGAAGAAGAUAGUCCUAAUUUGCAAAAACUUCGUGGUUUCAGAUAUCAGAAGAAAUCUCAAAUUUCACAUCAGGAUUCCAGUGAUGUUCUCAGCUCUUCUGGAGAAGAUAUAAAGAGUAGAGAAGUUGUCAGAAAAAGAAUAAUUGUCAUUCCUUCAGACAGUGAUUCAGAACUAGAGACAGUUGCAACAGAACAGAAAUCAUCAAAGUUAAUAGCAGCAAAGAAUAGUGACGUUCAAACUCAAGAACAAUCCUCACAGGAAGUAGUAGGAAAUAAUAGUAAAUCUGAAAUACAGGGUGUAGUAGUAAAUCAUAGUUCAUUCAAUAGUAAAUAUAACGGCUUCAGCCAGAGAGCCAUGAAAAACCCUUCUAUACUCGAAAAAGAGAAGCAAAUGAAAUUCCUCUUGGAAAUAUUUCCAAAUUUGGAAGCAAUGAAAAUACAUGAUUGCUUAUCGAAGCAUAGUUUUAAUACAGAUGCAGCAGCUGCUGAGUUAUCAAGAUCUUAUAAUAAACAAUCAGAUUAUACUGGUUAUGAUGAAUGGAAACAGGAUUAUGAUAGAAAAUUUGAGGAGUCUAAACAAUUACAACUGACUACUAAUGGAUUAUUUGACAGAACGCAAAGUUUUAAAAGACAGGCAACAGAAGAACCUACAAAAAAGAAAAAAGCAAAAAGAAGAAAAUCAUAUGAUAGUGAUGACAGUACUGGUAGUAAUAAUUACAAAGAUAAACGAGUAUUUGAUAGUGAUGAAGAUUCUGAUGUGGAAAUCAGUAAUGAGCUAACUGGUGAUAAGAAAAGAGUAUUAGAAUUUUUUGAAACAGCAACAGUCAAUGAAUUGCAGCUGAUGAACUCUUGUUCGAAAAAGAAAGCAGAAGCUAUUAUAGAAUCUCGUCCAUUUGUAGGAUGGAUAGAUUUGGUUGAAAAACUGCAAACCAAUAAAUUGAGUACAGACUUGUUGAAUGCUGCACAACAAGUGCUUACUACUAGAAAUAACAUUAAGCAUUUGAUGAAGAAGUGUACCAAUUUAGCCCAACAGUUGGAAAGAGCAGUUGCUGCUGGUGCAGGAGUUAAAGAACAACCUCGCACUUUGUCAUCUUCCUUGAAACUAACGGGUUACCAAAUGGUUGGCCUGAAUUGGUUAGUGGUUUUAUAUUCUCAAGGAGUGAAUGGUAUUUUGGCUGACGAAAUGGGUCUCGGAAAAACUGUACAAAUAAUAUCUUUUCUUGCCCAUUUGAAAGAAAUUGGAGCAGCCUCAAGCACUCAUCUUGUCAUUGUGCCUUCUUCAACCCUUGAUAAUUGGAAAAAUGAAUUUGCUCGUUGGUGUCCUGAACUGAGAAUUUUCAUGUAUUACGGAAGUACAGAGGAAAGACGACAAUUCCGAAUUGAUUUGGCAAAAGGAAUGCUUUCUGAAUUUGAUGUUAUUUUGACAACAUAUACAAUGGUAGGCAACAGCCCAGAAGAGAGAAAAAUGUUUAGAGUCACCAGGAUGCAUUACGUUAUAUUUGAUGAAGCCCACAUGUUGAAGAAUAUGAACACUCAGCGAUAUGAAAAUUUGAUUAGGAUAAAUGCUAAACAUAGAAUUCUCUUAACUGGAACACCGCUUCAAAAUAAUCUUCUGGAACUCAUGUCUUUACUGAUCUUUGUGAUGCCGAAGAUCUUUGCAGAGAAAACAGACGAUUUGAAAAGCCUUUUCCAGAAAAAUUCUAAAAAAGAUCAAGAUGAUUCCCUACCGACAUUUGAGAGAGAACAAAUUGAGCAAGCAAAAAGGAUAAUGAAACCGUUUGUACUUCGUAGACUAAAAUGUGAUGUUCUCAAAGAUUUGCCAAAAAAAACGGACUUUAUAGUGACGGUUCCUAUGGUACCUUCACAAAAGGAGAAUUAUGAACAUCUUGUGGCAUCUUAUAAAAACAUUGAUGAGAAUGGAAAAAAUACCUACAGUGGCAUGAGUAUUAUGUCGGAUUUGAGGAAAUUGUGCAAUCACCCUUUGUUAAUGAGGUAUCACUAUGAUUUGAAACAACUGCAAGACAUGGCUAGGUUACUAGCAGCUGAUCCCGGAUAUAAAGAUACUGUCGUGCAGUAUAUUGUGGAUGACCUAACCUGGAUGUCAGAUUUUGAACUUCACACAUUGUCGAAAGAUUUUCGGUGUUUAAAUCGGUUCAAACUUCCUGACACAAUGAUGUUAACAUCGGGGAAAUUCUCACAGCUUGACAAAAUGCUGCCAGAAUUGAAAGAAAACGGUCAUAGAGUCUUAAUUUUUAGUCAAUACGUUAUUAUGUUGAACAUAGUAGAAGAAUAUUUGAGGAUAAGAAAUCACAAGUUUUUGAGAUUAGACGGCAGUACAGCUGUUCAAAUUAGGCAGGAUCUAAUAAAUGAAUUCACAGAAGAUACAAGCUACUUUGUUUUUCUUCUAUCAACCAGAGCCGGUGGUUUGGGGAUAAAUUUGACUUCUGCUGACACUGUGAUAAUCCACGAUAUUGACUUUAAUCCAUAUAAUGAUAAACAAGCCGAAGAUAGAUGUCAUCGAAUGGGGCAGAGUAAACCGGUUACUGUAUACCGAUUCAUCUCACAGGGAUCCAUUGAAGAAGGAAUGCUGGAAAUGAACAAAGAGAAGCUCAAGUUGGAACGAGACAUUACCACAGAAGAAUCUGAUAAUCCUGACGUGAAAAGUGUAGUACGAUUGCUGUCUUCUGCCCUAGGAAUCGAUUCGAUGAAGGCUACAAGUCUUGUAACACCACCAAAGAAAAAACCUUGAAUGUUGUGAAAUUGAUUUUUAUAUACUUAUAUUUAAAUCAGUUUUGUUAAAUUGUCAAAUCUGUUGUAUUAGAAUAUUUAUUCUUCUUUUUAUCCGUAUUGACACUUAGGCACUCAGUGAGACCAAUUUUUUUUAAGCUAAUUUAAUUCCGAUUCUAUUUUGAAUAAAACUAUUUUUUGAUAAUUG